AUGUCUUUCUCACGAUUUGCAAAAGUUGCUCUUGGCUCGGUGUUAGUCGCUCUUGGUGUCAAUGCAGGAACUCCAUUGAGUUGCACAAACACCCAAAUAAGCUGCAAAAACACCACCGCAGUUGCGGAUUCAUGUUGUUUUAAUUCUCCAGGUGGACAGUUACUACUGACGCAGUUUUGGGACACGGAUCCGGUGACUGGUCCGGUUGACUCUUGGACUAUUCACGGCCUUUGGCCCGACAAAUGCGAUGGAACAUAUGACGCAAACUGUGACAGCAGUCGAGCCUACACCGACAUAGCUGGCAUCCUUACUGCGGCAGGCCAGACUUCGCUGCUGAGCUAUAUGCAGACCUACUGGAAAGACUAUAACGGCAACGACGAGUCCUUCUGGGAACAUGAGUGGAGUAAACACGGGACUUGCAUCAACACGCUCAAUCCAAGCUGUUAUACAGGGUAUACAGCUAAGGAAGAACUUCUCGACUUUUUCGAGGUUACGGUACAGCUCUUUAAAGGGUUAGAUACUUAUAAGACGCUUGCAGCAGCCGGGAUUACUCCUUCUACCUCGAAGACCUACACCUCCGCCGAAAUUCAGGCCGCCCUCAAGGCCGCAACAGGCCACACAGUGACACUAGGCUGCUCCAACGGCGCUCUCAACGAAGUCUGGUACCACUUCAACGUUAAAGGCAGUGUCUCCACUGGCGAGUUCAUUGCCACGGAGCCAGAUGGCACCAAAUCCACCUGUGCCACUUCAGGCGUGAAAUAUCUCCCCAAGAGCGGCGCCACAACCUCUCCAACAACCUCUGCAACAAAAACAUCAUCCGCCGCAGUGCCAACAGGCACAGGCGUCUUCUCUGGCAGCGGGUAUCUCAACGCCAUAACUGGCGGGGCUACAAAGGGAUGUAUCAUCAGUGCCGGGACAUGGUACACGACUGGUACUUGCGCGACCUUUACAGCAGCGGCUUCAGGAUCAGGAUUUACUCUAUCGUCAAGUAAGGGAGCAUGCGCUAUCGUGAGUGGAGCAUUGAGUUGCGCCUCGGGAAAUACUGCUACUGUCUUUACCGCGAGCGACGGUCUACUGGCUUCGAGUGGGAGCACGGCAUUCUAUGUGGCCAGUGUUCCGAGCGGAUCGACACAGGCAACGGUUUAUACGUCAAGCACGAGUGCACAUUCGACGGCAUUGACGAUAUCGUGGAAAUCGGUCUAG